GUGUGUGUGUGUGUGUGUGUGUGUGUGUCGAGUGACGACGCUCGGAGACGAGGCGCAAAAAUAAGUGAUGAAAAAAAAAAAAAACAGUCCCGAUUUAACAUUGAUAUUUGAUUGUUCCGUGAUUGUAGCAACUGUAGCAGCCUGUAGACAGUAAUUUUCAAGACCGUCGGUCGCCGGGAUUUAUCGUUGUUUGUUGUUUCGUCGUUUCGUGUUAUUGCACUAUUGCGUCCUUGUGUCUUGGCGCCGCGUGCCGGUAAAGAAGACAUUUUCAUUUUCCGUUUGUCCCGGUCUCCCGUUUCUGGUUUUCAGUUAGCCGGCCUCCCGGAGCGUGUUAGCUCGUUGUUUGCGAUCAGUUUCAGUAUAUCGCGAGUGGCACCGGUGCGAAAUCGCUCCACGCCUCCGAGAUGAUGGAUUCACCGACCACACCGCCGGGCUACAUGUCCGAGGACGGCGACAACAACGAAUCUCACAGUAUGAGUCCCAAUCCUACAGUGAUGGGAGUACUGGACACCCAACCCGUCCUCUAUUGUGAACCCGUGUUUUGGUGUUCAAUCAGCUAUUACGAGCUCAAUACCAGAGUUGGAGAGACGUUCCACGCUUCUCAACCUUCUAUAUCGGUUGACGGCUUCACAGAUCCCAGUAAUUCUGAACGAUUUUGCUUGGGCCUAUUGUCAAACGUCAAUAGGACAAGUGUAGUUGAACAGAUUAGACGACAUAUCGGCAAAGGUGUACGGCUCUACUACAUUGGCGGCGAAGUAUUUGCAGAAUGCCUUAGCGAUUCUAGUAUUUUUGUACAGUCACCCAAUUGUAAUCAGAGAUAUGGAUGGCAUCCAGCCACUGUUUGUAAGAUACCUCCAGGUUGUAAUUUAAAAAUUUUCAACAACCAAGAAUUUGCAUCUCUUCUAUCUCAAUCAGUGAGUCAAGGUUUUGAAGCAGUAUACCAGUUAACUCGUAUGUGUACGAUACGUAUGUCUUUCGUUAAGGGCUGGGGCGCUGAAUAUAGGCGACAGACAGUCACAUCUACCCCUUGUUGGAUAGAACUACAUCUGAAUGGACCAUUGCAAUGGUUGGACAGGGUUCUCACACAAAUGGGUUCGCCUCGCUUGACAUGUAGUUCUAUGUCAUGAUUUAACUUAAAUUUAUACCCCCACCUUUAUUAUUACUAUUUUUUUUUUUUGUUUAAUUGUACAUAACCCUUGGAAUGGCUGUCUACUAUAAGGUCGUGAAUUGAAUUUGUAUUUAACCUAAUCGACUAAUUAGAACAGUGGUUUUGUGUUUUUAUGUUUUUAUGUUUUUUUAUAUAACAUCUCAAAAAAACAACAUUCACACCGAAAUGUUAGUGAUAGAUGUUUAGAAUUAUUAUUGAAUAAUAGAGCUAAGAAUUUUUUAUUAUAACUAUUAUUUUUAUUUUUCUUAUUAAUAAUAUUUUUUAUGUUAAAAAUAAAAAUUCUAAGUAACAUGA